AUGGCGCCCUCAAAAGUCCCUCCUUCGGGCGUCUGGUGCCCUGCGGUCACAAUGUUUGACCCCGAGACCGAUACGCUGGACCUCGAAAGCCAGGCCAAGUACUACGCCUAUCUCUCCAAAUCUGGCCUGGCAGGUCUUGUCAUCUUGGGCACCAACGCCGAGGCUUUUCUCUUGACCCGAGAGGAGCGCAAGGCCCUGAUCGCGACCGCCCGCUCUGCCUGCGGGCCAGACUUCCCAAUCAUGGCUGGUGUUGGAGCACAUUCCACCAAACAGGUGCUCGAGUUCAUUGAGGAUGCAGCCGCUGCCGGAGCCAACUAUGUUCUGUGUCUGCCCCCAGGCUACUUUGGCAAGGCUACCACCCCUGCUGUAAUCAGCCGCUUCUUUGACGACGUGGCUGUCAGUAGUUCUUUACCCAUCGUUAUUUAUAACUUCCCUGGCGUCUGCAACGGCGUCGACCUGGACUCUGCCACCAUCACACAGCUGGCCAAGAAACACUCCAAUAUCGUUGGCGUGAAACUCACUUGCGGGUCUGUGGCCAAGAUCGUGCGUCUAGCUGCUGUCCUGCCACGCGAUCAAUUUGCGACCUUUGGGGGCCAGUCCGACUUUCUUUUGGGAGGCCUCGCUAGUGGUUCUUCCGGCUGCAUUGCAGCAUUCGCCAAUGUAUUCCCCAAGUCUCUCUCAAACAUCUACAGGCUUUGGGAGGAAGGCAAGACGAAGGAGGCCCUCGAGCUGCACCAAAAGGCCGCGUUGGCCGAGCAGCCCUGCAAGAGCGGCAUUGCUGCCACCAAGUAUGCAGCUGCCAUAUUUUCUGCUAAGGAGGCCGGGGUGGAGGACGCAGUCAACAAGAUGAAACCGCGCAGGCCAUACUUGGAGCCAUCAGAUGAUGCUAAGAAGGUGGUGCAGCAGACGAUGGCGGAGAUGGCCUCUAUAGAAACUGGAAUCUGA